AUGGCGUCCCGGAGCCAGCUCCCCCCUGCUGACGUCACUUCCUGUGCCGAGUUUCCGGAAGCCUGGGGCCUGCUGCACAGGCUGCUGCCCGCGUUCAUCGGCGCCGUGUGCGCGUGCGGCCUGCUGGGAAACCUGCUCGUGCUGGCCGUCUUCCUCGUCCCGCGGCGGCGGCUGAGCGUCGCCGAAGUCUACCUGUCCCACCUGGCCGCCUCCGACCUGCUGUUCGUGCUGGGCCUGCCCUUCUGGGCGGAGAACAUCGCGCACCAGUUCAGCUGGCCUUUCGGGGCCCUCCUCUGCCGCGUCGUCAACGGCGUCAUCAAGGCGCAUCUGUUCACCAGCGUCUUCCUGGUGGUGGCCGUCAGCGGCGACCGCUACGACGCGCUGGUGCGCCCCGUGGCCAGCCGGCGGCGGCGGCGGCGGCGGCGGGCGCAGGCCGCCUGCCUGCUCGUCUGGGCGGCGGGGGCCGUCCUCAGCGUGCCCACCUUCCUCUUCCGCGCCGUGGAGGCCGUCCCGGAGCUGAACGGCACGCGCGCCUGCGUGCUGCGGCCCCCCCCCCCGCCCGGGGCCUGGCACCUCGCCUGGCACGUCGCCCGGGUGGUGGAGCUCAACGUGCUGGGCUUCCUGCUGCCGCUGCUGGCGAUCCUCUUCUUCAACGGCCGCAUCCUGGCCUCCCUGCGGGGGCGGCCGGGGGGCUCCCGGGGCCGCAGGGCCGCGGGGCCCCUCCUCGCGCUCGUGGCCGCCUUCCUGGUGUGCUGGACGCCCUUCCACUUCUUUGCCUUCCUGGACUUUCUGUUCCAGGCGCAGGCGGUCCGCGGCUGCUUCUGGGAGAGCUUCAUAGACCUGGGCCUGCAGUACGCCAACUUCCUCGCCUUCCUCAACAGCUGCCUCAACCCGGUGAUCUACGUGUUUGGGGGCCGGCUGUUCAAGGCCAGGGCGUGGGAGCUCUGUAAGCGGUGCGUCCCCGGGAGUCGGGGUCCCGGGUGCCCGGCCCAUCGGAAACACGUCCUGCGACUUUUCUGGCGGAAGUAAGCCAGCGUGGCUUCCUUAUCCGUGAUCUCGGGCAUCCUAAACCCUGCUGGGGUUUGCACAUCGUAAACCCUGUCGGGGUUCGGGCUGGCUGCGACGCUGAGCUCCCCCCCCCACCGCCCCUCACCGAACCUCCCGGACCCAGUCCCCGGAAACUGUGGGUGUGUUUGUGGUACGAGGGCUUUGCAGACGUGAGUGAACCAAGGAUCCUGAGACGGGAGGAUUACAGGUGACUGGGGGGGGGGGGGGCAAUGGAGUCACAGAGGUCCUUGUUAAAGGGGAGCGGUAGUGUCAGGGUCCGAGAAAGCCACGAGAGAGCAGAAUCCGAGGCUGGAGGGUCGUGAGGAGCCCCGAGCCAGUGCUGGCGCCCGCUCGAGGCUGGAGACGGGAAGGAGACGGCUUCUGCCCUCAAGCUUCCAGAAGGCAGCAGCCCUGUAGACAGCCGGCUUCAGCCCAAGGAGAGGGACUUGAGAUGUCUGGCCUCCGGAUCGAUAAGACAAUAAAGUUGUGUUGUUGUAAGUCA